AUGGAUUGGCUCCCUUGCUCUCUUCCUGGCAUAGAAAUUGACUCUUCCAAUGUUCGGAUUGUCGAAACUCCGUCGGAGUUCUACCAACUCCUGCUGGUAACGGAGAAAGAUUCGAACCAUCCAAUUUUCAUGUACUUGAACUUCUAGGAACGCUCGGAAAAAGCGAAAUCACGUAUCACCCUGAGCAGCUUAUACCUGGGCGAUGGCAAACUGGAAAAAGAUUUGGUCAGCAAUUUUCUUGAAGUAUUUGCAAGUCUCUUCCAGGUGACCGCCGUUGAGAAAAACAUGUCGAGAAAUCCUGAUUUGGAAGUGUCAGUUCUCGUGGAUUUUCUUCGUGGAACUCGCGGGGCGGGCGAAGAAAAGAGCAGUACAACCCUCCUACAUACCAUUGCAAAAAGGGCCAAGGUUGACAUUUUGCGAAUAAGCAGAAACUGUGGUUUCAGAUCUAUCUCUAUCACACUCCUGACUUGAGAGGAUUCAUCAAACGACUCCUUCCUGAGAGGACUAAUGAAAUUAUUGGAUUACAGCACAUGAAACUCUACAUUUUUGACGACUCUAUUUUGAUUAGUGGGUCGGUUGGAGCCUAUAAAAAAAUCGAAUUUUUUACCUUAUUGAUUCAGGGCAAAUUUAUCUGAUUCCUACUUCACCAACAGACAAGAUCGAUACGUUCUGUUUGAGAACUGCAAGCCACUUGUCGACUUUUUCUCCGACAUCGUGGAAGCUGUCGGUAAGAGUUGGUCUCAUCGCCCGUUUUCCCAAUUUCCUGUAGGCAGUUGUUCGUUUGUCUUGAAUUCCGAUGGAACAACGACUCCACACAAGGAUUGUUCGGUUCAUCCAUUCCAAGGUUGUCUUCUUGGUCAUCAGUUUGGCCUCAAAGCGAGUUUCCCAGGAAACGCUGAAGACUACCGAGAAAUGAUGCGUGGACGAAUCAACACUGCAAUCCAACGUUACAAAGAGAAAAGUUCCGCGAAGACGUCUUCUGAAUCUUGGACGGUGGUAUAUCCUGUAGUCCAAAUGGGUCCGCUGGGAAUUCAUCAGGAGUUCGACCUUCUCAAGUCCAUUUUUUCCAGAAAGGUACUUCCUUCUCCUUUUCAAAAACAUGUUUUGUUCUAGGAUUCCGAGAUGAACCUCACAAUGGCGUCCGGAUAUUUCAAUUGCAUUCGCGACUAUGAAGAUAUGAUUUUCAAAGAGGGCACCUUCAAAAUGGACGUGAUCACAGCGGCUCCCGAAGUAUCUGAUUUUGAUUCAUUAGGAAACGUCCUCGGUACUAGGAGGCUUUCAGAUUUUUCUGAGAGAAAAUAAAAUAGUCGAAAAGCUUUUCGAUUCAAUUAAUGAAUAUUCGACAAUAACUUCAAAAUCCUUUCCUUUUCGAGAAUGAACAUAAUCUCUUAAGAAGGUGGGCGAGUAAGUUGAACUAUGUAGCUUUUUUUUGUUUGUAAUAGUGAGAUAUCGGGCCAGAUCUGGAAGUUAUGAUAAAAUAUACCAAAUUUUCAAAAUUCAGGCGAAUGGGUUUUUUGGCGCACGGGGCGUUUCUGGCUAUGUACCAGCAAUGUAUUCGGACGUCGCUAAAAAGUUUCUCGAAUUGCGCUCCAAUUACGAAAGGGAAAAUCUCGUUCUGCAUGAAUACGCCAGGAAAGACUGGACCUUCCACGCCAAGGGCCUUUGGCUUCGGUCCAAGACGCAGCUGGCCACUCUUGUCGGCUCUUCUAAUUACGGUGAGUAUAUCCUCAUUCUGAUUAUUGCGCUGAAAAGGAUGGGCGAGAAAAAAAAAAUCGCUUUUGUGAUCUAAUGAAAUAUUGAUCAUUGCCUUUUAGUUAUCGAUUUAUAAGACUCGAAACGGCGCGUGCGAAAUGUGAUGAUUCUUGGAUAUUUCUUUUAUAUUCCCUUUUUUCUCCAUUUUUUAUAAUUAUGUCCUCUUUGAACAAUAGUAGUUUUUCUAGGCUAUCGCUCGGUUCAUCGCGACCUCGAAGCACAGGUGCUUUUGGUGACCAAAGAUGAACAACUCAUCGAGAAACUGGAAGGAGAGAAAAAUCGUCUUUUCGAGUUCGCCACUGUUCUAGAUGCAAAUGCCCUUCGGAGAGCAGAACAUAAUGUUCCCACUCUCGUUAGAGCUUUUUCCCGAUUCAUUCGUAAUUUUUUCUGAAUUUUUUUUUUUUCGAACUUCGGAUCAGCUCUUUUUGUUCUAAGGGCGUUGGAACUAGCUGUUUUUUUCACGGGUCUAACUUUUUUCAGCUUUUUAUUUUGUCGAAUCACAUAAAUUUUGAAAAGUUCUUCUGCAAAUUGAUUCAGGAAGUGGUUCUUUCCGAAAUAUUGUAUUCUGACGCGAAAAAAAGUCUCGAAGAGUUUGAUUCUUUGAGAUAUAUGAUACCAGGGCUGAUAUUAGGAAAGGCGAUAUUAGAAAAAUUGCCCAAAGCGACAACUUCAACCGCCCAGGUACUGCUUUUCUCCGUUAUUUUUUUCAAAACGUCCGAAGGUGGCCCGAGCAUCUUCAUCGCUCUCCCAGUCGACGUACAACGGUAUUCCACGUCGGAAAGUUGUCAGAACCUCCGAAAAACCUUUCGCACCGCACCAAGUCCUUCCGCGUGAUGAAAUGAGAUUAUUCGACUUUUUUAAGCUUCUAAGAAGGUUGGGUGGAACCAGCGUUCGUCUCACUAACGAACAAGUGCGUAGAGAUCAGGAAUUGCUUGUCGAUGCCCUCAAAAACACUGAUUGGUGAGUCCCGCUUCUACCACACAUGAUCAGUCGACGACUGGAAGGAAAAUGACAAGAUUCUUAAUGUUUCCGGAAUAUAAUUUAUUUUGAAGGGUGGCAGUGUACCGUUAUCCUGGAGUUCGAGCAGCAAAACUUCUGGCUCGUGCAAAAUUAGUACAGACGAUCGCCAGCCUUCUCUACCUACCUUACUCCACUUUCCAGGUGACGUACUCUUUAGUGUCAAAGGUAAUCUCCUUUUCUAGUACUUCUUGGGUAACGCAGAGGCCACAUGGUACUACACUUGUGCAGGACUAGCCGUAGUUGCGCCUCUCAUGCUUGUCGCAUUCAGCAGGUUUUUCAUUGCUUUGCUUAAUUAAGAAAGAUUCAUUAUUUGCUGGCUAUUUUUCGAUUCUCUUCAUCAACGUUGCCUCAGAUAUCUCAAUCGGUUGAUUGGCGUUAUAGCGAUGGACCCAGACAACGCCUACAUCCGCGUCGGUUAUCUCACUUUCUGGGGCUCUAGAAAGGACGCGUAUGUUUUCUCUUUUCUCUGACAUGGAAGGUCAUUUUUGCGUAGGGUUUGGAAUUUUCUGAAAGUUUGCUCAAACAAUCUUUGGUGGACUGGGAAUCGAUUCCCCAUAGCCGCUAUCUGCGCAAACUUUUCGUUUUGGAGAUAUGAUUUUUUAAAGUUUCUGUCCUUAAACACGUGACAAUGUUCGGAAGGAAUGUGUCCGCAGCACAAAUCAUUGCGUGGCAGCUAUGAGCGUGAGGCAAUGGCUAGCGCGGUAGACUGCGAAGCCUAUGAUGAAGGUUCGAAUCUUUUUGCGGCUAUCGUUUUUUGCCAUUAUUUUUUGACGGAUUAUGAUGAACAGUUCAAAAUCUCAUGAGAUAACGUUCCAAAACCGUUCGAUGACCAUUUUUCUUCCAAAAAAACAACUUUUUUUAACAAAAUUUUUUUUGAAAAUUACUUAUAGUUGCCGCAUGCUUCGCAUCAUCAAAAUAUUUUUUUCUCCAAAUUUAUUUGUUUAAAAACGUUUUGGACUAAGUAAUUUUGGAGAACAUCACUUCUAUUGAAAUAAACAGGAAGAUGUGAAGAAAAUCUUUUCAAUAAAGCUCGUUUGUCAGGUAUUUAUUCAUGUUUUGUAUGGACUUUUCUGUAGCAAAAAGGCGGAAGUUGCCUUUUGACAUAGUGAAAUUCUACCAAACUCUUCUUUAUUUCAACCAGGGUGUGCGAAGAUCUUUGAUGAUGAUUCAUCGCUUUUUUCAAAUGGCAUCUGCUGCCUUUCAAAAGAAAAGUAGUCUCUGAUGAUGUGAUGGUCGGUCAUAACUUCAAGAAAUUUUCAAAAAAAAUUUUUGUUAAAAAAAGUUAUUUUUUUGGAAUAAAAUGUUCAUCGAACGAUAUUGGAACGUUUUUAGUCAUGAAAUUUCGACAUGUUGAUCAUAAUCCGUCAAAAAAAAAAAUAAUGGCAAAUAACGAUAGCCUCAAAAAGAUUCGAACCUUCAUCAUAGGCUUCGCAGACUACCGCGCUAGCCAGUGCACCACGCUCCUAGCUGCCAUGCAAUGACUUGUGCUGCGGACACAUUCCUUCCGAACAUUGUCACGUGUUUAAGGACAAAAAACUUUAAAAAAUCAUAUCUCCAAAACGAAAAGUUUGCGCAGAUAGCGGCUAUGGGGAAUCGAUUCCCAGUCCACCAAAGAUUGUUUGAGCAAAUUUUUAGAAAAUUCCAAACCCUACGCAAAAAUGAUCUUCCCUGUGAGCUUCCAGAGUAAUAACAAAAACUUAAUACGAAAAUUAGAGCAAUAAAUGCUGCAAAAACUUGACUUCGUUUUUUUGUCUUUACCCUUCGACAAAACUACACGAGCAUUCACCACCGGCAGGAACUUUAUUAAUUCAUGAAAGGUACCGCAAAAUUCCAAAAGAGGUUUUCGACUUUUCGUCAACGCGGAUCAGAGUUAGAAACGAAGGCGGCGAAAUGAUUAUUUGAGUAAAAUUUACCCACGCUUCUUUUCUUCAUUCCACGUGCAACAGCUGGAAAAACUGUAAAGAUCAAUUUUCAAAGUUCAUAUCAUGAUCACAUUUUUCAACCAAUUCAGUUGAUUCGUAUUUUUUGAUCGAUACCCUAAUUUUUGUGGUGCCUUGAACGUGGGGACCGCAAAGCCACGCCCACUUCGGGCGAAAUUUUUUUUUUCAUUGCUCUGCGGUUUUUCUUUUUUUCCAUAGCGCGCGUAUGGAAACAAAAUUAUACUCGAAAUACAUGUUCUGAGGCAUAGUUUAAGGCCUAGAUUAAUAUUUCAACGUCAAAACUAGAAAAAAACCAGUGCAAGAGCAAAAAAAUUCUGGAAUAUCAGUUUUUUCAGCGACGACCCUAUGUUUUUUUGUGCUGAACACGAUGAGGAGCAUUUACUAAUAAUUUUAAAAACAAAAAAUUUCUGAAAAACCCUGCAGAAAUAAAAAUCACGACAUCUUGUUUUAUAAAGCGUUAAAACGACGAUUUCUUAAUCUUUCCACACAAAAAACGUUCUUUCUCCGAAAAAAGGAGUUGAUUGGAACACAUUAAGAAAAAAAUGGGAUUUAGAAAACAAGAAAUAUUUUGUGCAAAUUGUUUCAAAAGCAAGCAUCCACACGCGCAAAAUUUCGAAAUUUACAUGUGGAAAGGAGAGUGGUACGCCCGACGGCGGUUACUCAAUUUUUAAUAUCUUAACUGUUUCUCUACAUCUAACAACAAUAAAAUCAAAAAACGAGUCGCGCACCGACGCGCAUUAAAUAUAAAACAUUGACAUUUGUAUUUUUUUCUCGAUGAAAAAAAGUGUGCAAAUGCGCGUGAGGCGUUUUGCGUAUUCCAACGAAAAAUAAUUUUUAAUUUCCAAUACAAAAUUCAUUAUUUUUUCGAAUGUAAAACGUUUAUCGUUGAAUAUUCUUUCCCAAUAAAUUUAAAAAAUAUUUUCACAGCAGUCACGAAGGAGAGUUUAUCAAGGGAACGCUUGAAUAAUGUUUAUCAUGCCCUGUUAUUGUUGACUAAAAUAAAAAUAUUGAAAAAAGGAUAAUUUCGUUUCAUUUUUCAUGAUUUGCGCUAUUUUGGAAUUUUUUUUCGAACUUCAGGGAUGUUUUCGACCUAUUCAAACUAGCAAAAGUAUAAAAUUUACUCUUUGCUUCUUUUCCGAAGAUUUUUUUCUUGUUGCAUUGCUCGGAUUAGAAUGAACUUGAAGUUUUAAGCUUCAUUUCAAGAAGUUACCCAUUUUAUAUGUUACAAAAACUAUCAGAGUAAGAAUUGGAAAUUUUUUCAUAUCAAUUAACUUUUGUUUGAAUUUUUAUUGGUUCGAUUGAAUAACCUUAUUAUUUCUAUCGAUUAGACUUUGAAUUUUUCAUGGCUUCAUUGUUUUUAUAUGGUUCUUCACAUGGCGAUUCCAUCGCAACAUAAAAAAAUCAACAAAUAGUCUUAUUUCAUUUACAGAAUCGUGUUUCAAAAAUUUUUCCGUCACAAUUUGUAAGCGCGCCCGAAAAUUGCAUAGACUCCUCCCAUUUUCCCUCCUGCAUGCAGGCUUGUGCGAGGGCCGGCCGGACACCCUCCCGGCCCCCCGACUAUUUCUUGAGGCCCGGCCUCAGCGGGCCUCAAGAAAAAAUGGCCCGCCCGGCCCGAAUCGCGCAAUUUUUUUCUAGUCGGAUAUCAAGUUUUUUACGACAAAAAUUACGUUUUUGCUCAUUUUUUCUCUUAAAGUUUAACAAAAACUAUGAUUUCAGAAGUAAAAGUCACAUUUCGGAGAAAAAUUUUUUUAAAUAAAAUUUUAAAUUUUUUUUUGAAGCCCGGCCCGAGCCCACGCGGGCUAUUUCCUGAAAAUAAGGCCCAAAGCCCGUGCCAGGCCGGCCCGGCCUGUCGCACAAGCCUGCCUGCAUGCAGAGACACACGGUUCAGUGCUAAAAGCGUUCCCGAGAUACCCUCACUUUUUGUCGAAUUUUUCUCGGCGUUCAUUCAACUUAGUGCCGAGAUUUUUUUGGGAAUGUCUGUUUGAGGAUAUUAGCUAACAGAAAACAUAAAAUUUAAAUUUUUAUGACCGUUUUGAGAAAAUGGGUUGCGGUCCCUACUUGAACGUCGAAAAAAGGUAGUUUCUUAAAAAUGGAUAUCAAAAAUAAAGUUUAAAAACUGUAUGGAAAUCGAAAAAGAAAAACAAGGUAAGCAAUUCUAGGGAACACUUAAGAGUAUUGACGCUAUUAAAGUCGACACUAGAGAUGCUCUGAAACGUCCGCAUCGCGUCCGUUUCGCGUUACCAAGGUCCGGAAAAGCGGUCAUAUCAUAAAAACGUUCACGAUAGAGCGAUAAUGCGAGCGGUUAUGGAUUAAUUUAAAAAAAUUAAUAAAAUCUGUGCCGGUCGUUCGGAAGAAGGACACCCUACUGGAUAGCUAUACAUAUACUUCACAAUAAUCAUUGUAAAUUAUAUAAAUAAUAAUUGGAAUUAGCUCAUCGGUAAUCGUUUAUUAUUUAUUCAGGCUACUAUAGCCUGUGCACCACGACUUGGAAUUUCACCAAACGACAUUCCGCUGUACCGCUGCGCGCCUUUGCGAACCUCGGUCGCGCGUUUAUUAUUUUUUUUUUCUUUUAAUAAGGUACUCUACUUCCAUGUGCUCCUGCAGCAAUAACGAUCAGUUGAAAGCGUGACCUAUAUUCGAAAGACGCUUCGCGAACGCACGCAGCUGAACAGCGGAAUGUCGUUCGGUGAAAUUUCAAGUCGUGGCACACAGACUAUACCUGAUAGGCACGUAGUUACCAAUGCUAUCCAAUUGAAAUUUAUUACCAGGUAUAAUCCGUUUUCGGCGACUUGAAAGGGCGGGACUUUUUUGCGCUCUCCUCGUCUCUCGACGACCCUCUCUUGUUAACGCGCUAUAUUCGCGCUUCUAUUACCUCGCCUGUGAGGGAACAGAGAGACUCAGACACUCGAAAACUGUCGCGGCGAACGGACUUCAGCGUAUUCUACUGGGUAGCUAUCCGCUAGCUAUUUUGCAACGUUAGAUAAUGAACGACCACUUGACCAUUGUUCAAAAAUCCUACAAAAAAUUAAUUCAGCAAUAGGGCGCCAGUCAACCGACGCGAUUAUUGUCGCUAAUUUUUUUUCGAAGUUAAUUUUUACAUACUGUUUUUUGUAUCAUGAAAUAUUUUUUCACUGAUAAAGAUUAACAGAUUUUUUUUGAAUUUUUACGAGUUCUUAUAGAACGAAAAAAAAAUUUUGCAGAUACAUCGAGCUAUCAGAUGUUCUGCCGCUGUCAGAGAUCGGCUCUAAAGAUGGAGAGAAGCUAGUCAAGUUCAUGUGGUACAGCGGCUCGACACAUCUCUACCUCCCGACAAAACACGCCGAAAUUGUUGACAAGAAGCGUGCCGAGUUAAUAUUCGGAGACUUGGAUAUUUUUUACAAGCAUUACAAGAACAAAUGA